UAAAAUUCAGUCAAAGAUAUAUUAAAUGCUACAAAUGAGAAAAAAAUAAGGAUGCAUGAAACGGAAAGAAAACUAACUAGACUUCAACCGUGUUGAAAAAAGGGAAUGUUGAGAGCAGAUGAGAGUAUGAGAGGUGCAUACAUGUUCGAGUAAGCACAACAAUUGGUAUAUUCCAUCAUUAUUGACAAUUCAGACAAGUGGAAAGUAGGUUUGCGACAAAGUCGACAACUGAUUCUUCAAUUGUAUACCUCAGGUUCGAUCGAAUUACGUACCAUUAUUCGUGACAACUUGGAAAAUGACACUUUCUAUGUACACAUGCGAAAUUAAGAAAUCGUUGCGAAAAAGUUGAUUCGCGAGGAGACAAUCGUUAUCUCUCGUCAGACUGUUUAACGAAUAAAUUAAACAUGAAUAAUCUUUUAAAAGAACUAGAAGCUUUGAAAAUUGAGGGUGAUUUUUCUGAGGAAGGUCUGUGGGCAGCAUGCAUUGAUCUUGUUACUAUGAGUUAUGUUCCUGAAAAAACCGUCGGUACUAGUCGACCAUGCGACGAAAAAGAUUUCAGAGAAUAUAGACAAGUUGUGGACCGAAAUUUGCGAAACAUUAGGUCUAUGCUUGAGCAUAUUAUUUACAGUCGCAACGAGAGUGAUGUACAAAUAGAUUUAGAUGCAUCGCCAGUUGAAACUUUUACCAUUUACUUAUUGUUGCUUAUCGGGGAACACAAUGAAAAGAAUGUUUGGAACACAGCAGAAUCAGUGUCCGUAUCCAAAGAUUUGGUUACCCAAAUAUUAGAGCUGCACGGAUAUCAAAGCAUUUCUCAAUUGUUAACGGACAAAGACAAUUUAACCACAUUAUUGUCUAUGCUAAGGCAUAAGUUACUAAAAGAUACUUGGAAAACUUAUCCAGCAGCUGUAGCAUGUUACAAAUGGAUUUUAUAUCAAACCGAGAAACCAACUUUGUACAAUCGUAUCGGUGAUGUGCUUCCAACAGCUCUAAUAAUUACCGACGACUAUGUGCCAGAAAACGUUGUCAUAGGUCUUGAAUGUUUACACCAGAUUAUUCAGCAUUCUCAUUUGAAAAAAGGAUUGAUCGAUACUGGGUACGACAAAGUGAUUUUUCAUACUCUGGAGCGUUUAACUCAUCAGAGAGAAGCCAAAUAUGUAAUAUUGGUAUACUCGUGCAUAACAAGCUUAUUAGCUACCGCUGAACAUUGGGAUAAUACAUUGAAUGUAUUUGAAUGGACAAAGCGCGAUGAUGUUUUAGCUGUUCUAUUAGAUAAUAUGGAAUUUGAGCAAAAUGUAGAACUACGACGUGUUUACAUGUUAAGCUUGCCUCAACUUUUAACCAAUCUUGGCUGUGCCAAAUGGUGUGAAAGAUUAACAAGAAUAAUUUGUGAAUAUUGUGAACAUCAUACAGAUUUAAAGACAUUAAAAGCAACGUUAGAUGCUGCAAAAACUUUCCUUUUGAUGUUCCAUUUACGCGUAGCAGCCCACUGUGUACCUCUAUAUACUGCAUUCUUGAAGCUACAUUUUGAUUUAACAGAAACUCCAGUGUUUGACAAAAAAAUAAUGCAAAAUUUAGAGGACUGCAUUUGUUUAUUAUAUAAGUUAUCUCCAAACGUAGGUUGUACAGUUAUGGAUGACGAUCGAAUGCGUUCAGUGAUUAAAAAUAGCCUGCAGGUAGUGUGCUUAGGUGAUACCAAAUAUUUUCAAUGAACGAUCCGUGUAAGCCUGUGUUAGAAUCUAGUGUAAUAAACGCGAUGGGCUACAUUAUUUAAGAAAAAAAACAACAUUAUUUUUUGUAGUUUCGUAGAAUACACUAUGAUAAUAAUAAAAGAGUACUUAGCUGGUUUA